ACCCUCUGUGACAUCACCCCGGCCCGGUGGCACCGCGGGCACCGCCAGGGCCGUGGGUGGCACCGGAGGUGACAGCUCUGCCCCGGCUCUGCCACCUGCGCUGGCACCGAUGGCUUUGCUGGCGCUGCUCGUCCUGCUGGCCCUGGCCGGGCCCGUCUGGGCCACCUGGGACACCUGCAGAGGCACCUGCGGGCUCCGGCCCUUGGCCUUUGACCACAGCUCGCUGGUUCGGGACUACGACCCCACAGACGGCGACUACGCCACCUUGGGCUCUUCUGAUGUCACCUCCCUGGUCAUGGACGGCCCCGGCGUCCCCUCAGGGACCUGGCCCGGCAUCGUCAGCGUCCAGGCCACCCUGGAGAACGGCACGUGGCACAUGUGCUCGGGGGCACUCAUCCACCCCCAGUGGGUGCUCACGGUGGCCCAGUGCUUCGCCAGGGCCGGGGACACCUCCAGCUGGGAGGUGCUGAUCGGGGCCACGGAUCUGAGCCAGCCGGGCCCCGAGGCCGAGCAGCGCCGCAUCGACAGGGUCGUGAUGCACCAGGACUACGACGCCGACUCGGAGAGCAACAACAUCGCGCUGCUGGAGCUGGACCAGCCCGUGGAGUGCAGCGACUACAUCCAGCUGGGCUGCGUGCCCGACAGCUCCCUGGCCGUGCCCGAGCUGAAGACCUGCUACAUGGCGGGCUGGAGAGCCACCCCGGACAGCGCCCCCGGCCCGCGCCUGGUGCUGCAGGAGGCCAAGGUGCGGCUCAUCGACGUCCAGCUGUGCAACAGCAGCCGCUGGUACGGGGGGGCCGUGCACCCCCAGGACCUGUGCGCGGGGUACCCGCGGGGCGGCAUCGACACCUGCCAGGGGGACAGCGGGGGUCCCCUGGUCUGCAAGGACAACGCCGGUGACUACUUCUGGCUGGUGGGACUGGCCAGCUGGGGCAAGGGCUGCGCCGGUGACAAGCGGCCCGGGGUGUUCACCUCCACCCAGCACUUCCACACCUGGAUCCAGGUGCAGAUGGGAUUGGUCCCGCCGCAAACGGAGGCUCCACCGCCCGAGCCACCCGCCCCCACCACUGAGGAAGAGCCGCCAGAACUGGAACCCGAAGCAGAACUGGAACCAGAGCCUGAAGCAGAACCGGAGUCAGAACCCGAACCGGUACCAAUACCGGUACCGAUACCAGAACCGGAACCCAUACCAGAACCAGAAGAAGAGGAGGAAGAAGAAGAACCAGAACCAGAGAAGUUUAUAACAAUUUCCUUCCCAAAAGCCAUCCUGCUGAGGCUCUUCACGAAUCUGCAGGAGUUCCUGGAGUUCCUGCGGGACAAACUGGAUUGAGCAGGAGGGGGAGCAGAUCCAGGGCUGUGCCCAAGCCGCCCCUGGUGCCCGGGUCUGCCCUGUCCUGCUCAUUAUCCCCCUUCCGCCCACCCUGGAGAUGAACUUCAGUUUGUUCUUGAAAUAGAGUUGUUCCCCAUUACCCUCAUUUUCAG